AUGAGUCUCAAAAUUUAAUACACUAGAAAAAUUUUCAUUUUCAUCCAUAUUAUACUCCUCUAGACAAUAUUUGUGACUCUAAAUUAAAAUUUCAUAAACAAAAAAUUGAAUAAUGACAUAGCUGAGAAAUUAAUGUUGUAACCAACAAGUAAUCCAACUAUUUUAUCGAAAAACGAUGAAACUAUUAUAUUGCCACUGUUUUCUGAGAAAAUUAAACCAGAUUAGAAUAAUAAGCAGUCUAAUGGUGAUCCAAUAUUCAGAAGAUUCAACAACCAUCAUAAUAUCGCUUAAUAAUCAAAUUUGUAAGCAAAUAAACAACUUGAUUAUGACGGAAUGUUUUAUACAUACUUCUACGUUGGGAAAAAUUCGGAACCGAUUAAAAUGAUUAUAUCCUUGAGCUCAUCUUUAUCCAAAUACAUCAUAAAUAAAGACAAAGCAUUCGUUACAGGCUGUGUAGCUUAAGAUAGAGUACAGCUUUAGUAUGGUGAUGCCUCUCUUAUUGUUGAAAAAUUCAAAUUUUUUUCCUUUAAUCAAGCCACCUCAUAUAAUAAGAAUUAUGGGAUUGUCGGACUAGGAAGAGAAUUUGUUUCCCCUUCUUAAAAUAGUGGUCCUCUUCUUCUUUAAACCUUAAGAUAAAGUGGAAAUCUUAAGCAAGGUGUUUUCUCAAUCAUGAUUGGUAGCAACACUGAAUAGUCUACUUUGGAAAUUGGAGGGUACAGCUAGCUAAUAACUAGUCCUCCUUAAAUAUCAGCAAAUUCAGGAGUCGCUAAAUCUAUCAGUAAUAAUACUAGCUAAUAAUAGUAUGAAAUAAUUAAAUGGUUUUCAAAUCUUUACUACGCCUAAGAAUGGCAAGUAGAGAUGAACGCUUACUUAAUAAAUGCAUCUCUUCUAUUACUAAAUGGAACAUAACCAGGGAGAAAUCACACAGCAAAGGCUGUCAUUAGCUCUACUAUAUAAUAUCUUUAAUUCCCUGAUUCAAUUAAAGAAGAUAUUCUAAAAAAACUAACAAUAGAUAAACAAGGAGGCACCUAAUAAAUAUACAAUGCAGAGGACGGAGAAUUUCUUACUUACUCAACAUGCAAUAUUUCUGCCUACCCUAGUAUCAAUCUCAGACUCGAUGACACCUGGUUUGAGAUUAAGCCUAAGACAUUCAUUUUGGAGAAACCUGCUACUAUAUAGGGUGAUUAUUGUCCGAUCGGUAUCAGUUCAUCGGGAUCAAAUGACAUAAUACUUGGGCUAGUAUUUAUGCGAAAUUACUACAUGAUAUUUGACUUUGAUAAUGAUAAAAUUGGUGUUGCUCAAAGCAAAUUUACUCAGUCAGCAUUUAAGAAGGGUUAACUACCAUUCAAAGUUAACUUUACAGAGAUCAAUAACAACCAGCCAGCAUAAACAGUGGUUCCAAACUAGCCAAUUGCACCAAAACAGUGGUUUAGCUGGAGUAAUUAAACCAUCAUUAUUAUUGAAGUUGUAAUUAUUAUCAUUCUUCUAUUGGGUGUAGGAGCAUGGUACUAUCUGAUCAAGCAAAAGGCAACUAACCUUGGAAAUCGGACAUCUUAACCUGACAACAAACUAUAUUUUGUCCUAGAUAAGAGGUUGAUUUAGAAAGCUUAUAUGGAUGGUUAAAACUCAAAUAUGAAUUCAAUAGUUAUACAUACACUCUAGAUAUGA